UAACAUACUUUCUGCUGACAAUUGUAAUCAAUGUUUUUCGGCACUUUCGUUUGAAUUUCGUUCAAUUUCUUAUCGGUUUUAUCGUUUCCCGUCUUUCCCUCACAAAAGAAAGAAAAUCACCGUGUUAGUUUUGUAUAAUGUUUAUGCCGGAAAUCGCAACAAUAUCCAGCGACUUGGCCGCCACACUAAAGCACGCCGAUUGCCUGACCAAUUUACGCUGUUCACUGGAUCCCCGUCUAGAUCAGUUGAUUGUCUACAGCUCCGUGCUGGAGCAUUUGUUGCAGCAGAAGCUGCACUAUGAGAAGGAACACGACACGGAGUUGAGGCGACUCGAGCGAUUCAGAUGCGAUGGCGUCAAGGAAUAUCGGAUCAAGGUGCAGUUGCGUGUGAUCAACAAGGUGCAGAGCAUGCUGCCGAACAUUGUGUUCAAGAUGCGCAACGAGUACGAUAAAUUCGAGCGUUUUUUGUUGCAAGAGGUGUCCAUCAAGGAUGUCGAUACUGAGCUCUACAAUCGGGGCUGGCAAUUGUUGAACACCUGUCGCAACAAUCUGCGACUAACUCAUUAAGCAUAUGGAUAAGGUUUCCCCAUCUUCGAUACUUUCAUCUCCAUUUCGUAUUUUAUGGUGCCCUCGGGUUCGGGCAGCGGCGGAAUCUCAUCGUAGCCCCCCGUUGGAGGUGUUAGCUUUGUCGAAUCCAAGUCCACCACCCAAAUGUCAUCGGGUAACCUGAAAGAAGAAGACACGAUGUUUGAAACUAAGUACAUCUAAUAAUGGAUUACACUGGAUUGAACUUACCUAAAGUUCUUUUUGUAGAUGAGAAAGGAGGCGGGCACACCGAUGACAAAGGGCGUGGGCGCCAACAGCAGCUGCUCGGCACAACUGAGACAUGUGGGGAGCAACGGUAUCACCGGGAACAUGUACUCCAAGGGAUACAGCAUCGUCACGAAUGCCAUCACGGACAUGGAGAGCGCAUUGUAGUCGCGUGAUUGAAACAACACCUUGUUCUCCAGUAUUAUCAAUGUCCAGACCUUCAGGCAGGUCUCCACGCCCAGCAGCUCGAGCGGCAAAUGCAACGGGAAAUCAACCAGCGAGAAUCGCGUAUGAUCCGGCAAUGCAAAGAGCAAAGGUUCAUGCACAGUGGGCGACAGCACCUCCACCUGAAAAGAGGAUCGGGGAUAAACAACAACAACAAUUAAGUCUGGCGUGUGGGAAACUAAAUUUCGUUUCUAUUUGCCAAUCGCAAGCUCUCUUAUUGAAUGUCUUUCUCAACCGGGCAAGCAGCAAGAGAUUGGCAAAUAAAAGCGAUUGGGAAGCGUUAGAAAAACAAACUAAAAUUUGUAAUUUAAGAAAUACGAUAAGAAAAUAAAACCAAUUCAAAAUAUGAA